AUGAGGUGCCCAGCUUUUUUCCUGCUGCUGUGCACGACGCUCGUAAGAGGAUUCGUCAUCAGCGACCUCCAAGGGGGCCCCCUGAGCGCGACGCAGAAAAGCCCGCUGAGCGAGCGAAGACACAAAGGGGUCGUUCCAGGGAGGAAGAAAAGGCACCUGAACCUCUUCAAAGAAGAGGAGGUGGAGGAAAAGUACAACAUGAUCGACACGAUUAACAGUCUGUUGGGGAAGGUAAAGCGACAGUUCAAUAUAGAUUUCGAUGUGGAGGAGGAAAAGCAGGCUCGGGCUAAGACGCAGGAGAGCAGCGGAGAAGGAAGCACCAGCGAGGAGCAUGACUUGAAUGCAAAAGAUGACCCAACUAAAAAGCUGCACCGACGCGAUCAAAACGACCUGAGAGGAAUCUUCGGUACCAUGAUGGAUGGGAGCUUCAAAAUAGGAAGAGCAAACACCAUGUUUAAAGAAUUGAAGGAGGAGAAAAAACUUGUGGACAAAAAGUAUAAGGCACUAAUUAAUAGGAAGAUUUACCUGAGGUAUAAACAAUUCAAGCAGCUAGAAGAGGACAUAAAAAACGGGGUCUUUAAAUCUCCUUACAAUGAAGAACAGAAGAAGUUUUUACAAAACGUGCUUAAGGAACAGGAGCAAGCCAUAGAACUCAUAAUUAAAGAAAUCGAAAAGGUAGAAAAGAACCAAUACCUAGUGUAUGACGAAAAGAAUGAACAGCUAGUAAAACUGAGGGAAGAAAUCACAAAAAAAAUUAACGAAGUAAAAGUCAAGCACCAAGAGGAAGCCAUCAAAUUAGGGAUUAAAAAAGUUAUGGAUGAUUUAUAUGAACAGACAAAAACCCCGCUGGUUUGGGAUUUGACUCAGAUGGAUUGGCCCAGGGCCAUUUACCCUUUGAUUAAUGAUAUGAAGCUGAAAGCGGAUGUCUACUGGGAGUCAACAGUUGUUGGAGGGAACAGAGAAGAGAAUGAGUACUUCAUCACCCCUUUUAACAUACCUUCCAUGGAGGACAAAAAGAAGAGACGGAAGGGGCGAGGUGUAGGAAGUAAAAGGGGAGGAUCAUCUGGAAGAGGAAUGAAAGGACAAAAAAGUAGAAGUGGAGGAUCCAUCCCCUUAGGCUUUGAAGGGGGUCAAACACCACUGUAUAGAAAAUUACCAAAAUUUGUUGCCGCCCCAAUGGGACCAGGUUACCAUUUCAACCGGUAUGACUACGAAUUAAUUCCACUCAACUUAAUUAAUUUGGCUUACACAAGAAGUGGACAGAAAAAGUACCUCGAAAUUGACUGGAAUGUGAUUGACAAAAUGGGACUGCGCAUAGGAAAGUACAAACGGAAACACCCCAUUAAGGUCGUCGGGUGUAAUUUGAAGAAGUACAAAAUGAAGCACGGCUUUGACUUUGAGUUUUACGCGAAACAUGUCAUCGUAAAGGCGCAUUCCUUUACAGUUAAGGCGGCGCGUGAAAUUAUUAAACUCGGCGGGAGGUGCCUCUUGCUGAAGAAGAACACCCAAGACAUUGUGUACGCAGAGUAUAACCCCGACGAUGAGAACUUGAACAGGAUUCCGCGUCGAAUUGUCUUCUCUGGCAAGCCCUCCAAGUAUGAGCGCAAGUUGCACUGGUUGAAGAGGGUGAAGAUGGAGGAGCAGCGUCGCGCGGAGGGAGAAGCGGGCGAAGUGGGCGAUGUGGACAAAGCCAACGAAGUGAACGGAUGA